AGGUGGAAAGUGUUUACUAAGUGACCCGGCCAGAAUACCAGGCUGCUGUUCCUCUGGGAUAGAAAACCGGACAGAACCACAUAUGAUCUGCCGGAGAUGGACCACAACCAACAGAUUCUGACAGGAGAAGAAACAAACUUUACUGUAGACCUCUGAGGUUUCUCUGCGACGUGAUUGGCUGGUCCGGUCCGCUGGCUGAGCGGGUGUGGAGGCCUUUAUAAAAAACUACAGUCCUGCUUGUCAGCUUAAAUCCGUUCUGAACCCAGACACACAGCAGCCCGGUGGUGUUUUAUUUCACUGCUCCAGCAUGUCCUCAGACAUUACCACAGACUUGGAGCUCGAGCUGGGCGAGUUGCUGCAGGAGUUCCAGGAUGUGGUGGAGGAGCUGAAGGCCCCCUCUCAAAGCAAACCUCAUGCGUACCAGCACGUCCUACAGGAGGCCAAAAGUCGCACAGGGCUGGGGGACGACAGCGGAGUCGAGGACUCAGAUUACAGCAGCGAAGCUUCUUUGGGAAACAGUUUGAACACCAGCGAGGAGGAGCUUCACACAGCAGGCAUAACGCUGGCAGCGAAAGCCAAGCUGGGAGACACAAGAGAACUUGAGAGUUUUAUCAACAUGUUGGACCAGGAACUUGCAGAAAUGUGACCAGAGAGAGAAAGCGAGCCACGUAGAGGAGGGAGAAACAGGCCGGGGGCGACAUGACUGGCUACUGCCGAGCAGACAGGCAGAUCUACACCAGAGCAGAUAUGAGGGAGCAAAUGCUCCCCUGGCUGCUCCAGGGGAAAAGGUUAAUAUCAGAAAUUAAAAGGGCACUCCAUUCCAAAAUGCAAAAAGACCGAAAGACCCCUGGCGACACCGCAUCCAGCUGGCAAGGCGACGUCCCUGCAGCAUCAGAUCCCAUAAGAUUCCCAUAAGUACUAAGGGCCCUAAAUCCCCAGUGCCAUGUUUGUUUUUAAAGGAGGCUGAUCUUUGUUUUAGUUCAAAAUUACAGAUGGCACUUUAGUUUUAAACUAAUUUCAAGUCCAAGGGGUUCAGAUCUGCUGUGUAUCAAAUGUCAUUUAUGUGCUGAUGUUUCCAGUGUACAGUUCUUGUUAAUAUUCUUUUUUUUUUUAUAUGACGUGUUGUACAGAUGAAUACACGUAUAAAUAAAGUUAAAGUUUGAUUGAA